AAUGUUCGCCAAUAGAUAUCGUUGCCGCGCUUCUACUUAAAGCAUCAUGACCGAUAUAUCGACGAUUAUGAUCGAUAGCUAAGUUCCUUAGUAGACUUUCGUUCUAGUAACUCUGUUGUCAUUGUAAUUAUCGUUAUUGUUGUGUUAUUAAAAUUGUCAUUGACUACUGUCUUAGAAAUUGAUAGAAAGAUGCUUUCAAUAAUAAAUAAUUGAUGGCAGUAACGAUAAGCAUUUAUAAAACGACUCGAGAGAAACGACUGAAAAUGUAUAAAAUUUAUGAACGUUAUAAAAUAAGAGACACUUAAAAUUUACAAUAAACAUAGUAAUAAAUAUCUUUGUAUUUUAUUAUAUAUUCAACAUAUAAUAUUAACUGCUGCAUUAUGUAAAGAAUAUAAUUGAAAAAUGAAUACAUUAAAUGAUUCUGUCAUAAUUUGUGAUAUGACUCCAAAGUCAAGUAAAAAGAAAACUCCAUUAGGAACAAAAAAGCCACCAAAAAAUCUGAAGAAAACCUUUUAUGAAAGUCCUUUGAAACAUAUUCAAUUAAGCAAUAAAAGAUGGAAACAGAUGCAAAAAGAACAGAAACUAAUAAGAGAUGCUAGACAAAUAAAUAACAAUAGAAAGAAUUCCUUUUCUUUAAUGAAAGAUGUAUCUUUGCAAGAUAGCAUAAUUAUUUUAAGUGAUAAUGAAAAUGAUUCAAGUAAUCAAAAGGAUCAAAGUAACUGUACAAAGACAAAGAAAAGGAAAAAAUCUCUGGAGACAUUAACAGAAGAUAGAGAAUGUUCUACAUUUUUACAUGAUUCAAAUAAAUGUUUGUGUCAAAAAGACGCUGAAAGAUGUCCAAAAAGAAGAAGAAGAAAUUCUCCUUCAUUACCUGAUAAUGAUUCCUCUUGUCUUUUAAUAUCUGACACAGAAGAUUCUGAUGUAAUAUCAAUUGAUGUAGAUAAUGAAAACAUAGCACCAGCAUCGAAUUCUAUAAAUCAAAAUUCAGAUGAUAUUAUUGUAGUAUGGUCGUCUAAAAAUAAUUCAUGUACAUCAUCUAAAAAUAAUUCAGUAGAUGAGAAAUCUAUAAAUGACGAAGAAAAUAAAAUAUUUAUGGUAGAUUGUACUCCAAAUCCAGAAAACCUUAGUUAUUUAGAAUGUAAUGAAGAAUCAACAUCUAAUGAAUGUGAGAUAAAUACUAAAAGAAGCAACGAAAAAAGUUCUAAAGAAUGCUCUGAAAAUAAUACUGAAAAGAUUAAUGAAAAAAAUUCAAAACAAUGUAGUGAAGAAGAUGAAGAAACAAGUGAUGAGGAAGAAGAGCCUAAAUAUCUACCGUUCAGUAAACAAGGACUGAAAUUACCUAGAGCUCAUAACAUAAGUAAAAAACUUUUAAUAAAAAAGCCACAGAGGAAGAAUACAUUUCUAAAUUAUAGAAGGCAUCUUACACGAUCAUCAAAUAAUAGAAUACCGGUUAUAGAACCAUCUAGAUCUGAACCAGUUAGUCUUGAAUCGUCCAAACUCGAACCACCUAGUCUUGAACCAUCUAGUUUUGAACCACCCAAACCUGAAGCAUCUAGUUCUGAACCACCCAAACCUGAACCAUCUAUACCAAAACCAUCUAAUAAAUUAAGAGAGAUAAUUGUUGAUGGCAACAACGUGGCUAUGGCGCAUAAAAAUAAUAGAAAAUUUUCAGAAGAAGGAAUAAUAUUAGUUACAAAUUAUUUCCAAAAAAGAGGUCAUAGCGUAAAAGUAUUUUUACCUCAAUACAGGAGGUCAAAAUUCACUCCAUUACUUGAAGAAUUAUAUAAAGAAGGAAUAGUGGUUUUUACACCAAGUCGUAGAGUCGGUAGCAGAUGCAUAACUCCUUAUGAUGAUCGGUAUAUUUUACAGUAUGCGACAGUGUCUGAAGGUAUUAUAAUUUCUAACGAUCAGUUUAGAGAUUUGUACCAAGAAAAGCCGGAAUGGCGCAAUACAAUCGAAAAUCGUGUAUUAGCACCAACAUUUGUUGGAGAUUAUGUUAUGUUUCCUGAAGAUCCCUUAGGCAGAAAUGGCCCAAAUCUUGAACAGUUUUUGAAAUUUUAAAUGUAAAAAGAUAACAAACUCAUAAUAUAACUACUACUCACUUGGA